UUCCUCCCAGAAUAGGGCUGUCCGCCUUUGCUUCCAUAAAAGGUUUCCAAGAUUCUUAUUCCCUGGAGCAUCAAGCCCUGAGCAGGCUUUUCUAGCUGUAAAAGGGACAGACUUCACACACUAUCUUUGUGCCCAAUCCCGUUACCAGAAGCUCAAGACCAUCUUCUCAGAGCAGCCUGAACCCAAGGAAAAAAUGACAGAAACACUGACGCCGGAGCAGAUCACUGAGUACAAGGGCAUCUUCGAGAUGUUCGAUGAAGAAGGGAACGGUUUAGUCAAAACAGAUGAGCUGGAAAGAUUGAUGAGCUUGAUUGGAAUCAACCCAACCAAGAGAGAGCUGGCGACGAUGGCCAAGGAUGCGGACAAAGAAAGUAAAGGGACUUUCAACUGUGAUGCGUUCUUGGUUCUGAUGGGCAUCUACCACGAAAAGGCCAAAAACCAGGAUGAAGAGCUCAGAGCAGCCUUCAAAGUCUUCGACAAAGAACACAAGGGCUACAUUGAAUGGGACACACUCAAGUACGUGUUGAUGAACGCUGGGGAACCACUGAAUGAACAGGAAGCCGAAUUGAUGAUGAAGGAAGCUGACAAGGAUGGGGACGGAACCAUCGAUUAUGAAGAGUUUGUGGCGAUGAUGACUGGAGAGUCCUUCAAACUGACACAAUAAAGGCUGUUGGAAGAGAA